GGAGGUGCCUCAGCCAUGGCGCUGCCGGGGGCCGCGCUUGGCUCUCCCGCCAACACGCCCCGGGCCGGGCCCAACCAUGGCGGCGGGGGGGACGGGGACGGAGCCGGGAGCGCCUUGAAGCCUCCCGUUCCUCCAUCAACCACCGAGGAGCCCUCUUGGUUCUCGGUGAGGCUCGACGGCGGCCCGGCGGCCGCAUUUUCCCCCUCUUCAGCCCUCCACACGCCCGUGUGUCCCCCCGGGGCGCCGCGGUGGAGGGGCCGGCGGGGAGGCGGGCUCGGCGCUGCGGCGGCGGGAGAUGUGAAGCGGGGCCGGCUGUGCUCCCUGCCGCCUCACGCCAUGGCUGCCCGGCAGCGGAGCCCUCACGGCGCCGAGACCGCCAGAGAUGGAAAUAACGGCUUUGUCUUGUCCGCCGGCAGCCCGCAGUCUGCUCCUCGGUGGUGCCAGGGGAGGAAGCGCGGCGCGGAUGGGAAGCGGAGGCGGCAGAGCCAGGACGGCGGCGCGGCGAGGGACGAGAGCUCCGGCAGGGCAGCCGACGGCAGGCUGGGCAGCUUUACAACACCUGAAGGCCCUGGCCCCCUUUCCCGGUGUUCAGACUGGGCAGCUGCAGUGGAAGAAGAUGAAAUGAGAACCAACGUUAACAAAGAAAUUGCAAGAUACAGAAGAAAACUACUGAUAAAUGAGUUUUCAAGAGAAAGAAGGUCCUCUUCUGGAAGUUCUGAUUCAAAGGAGUCCACUGCACCAGUAGAACUUGAGACGGAUGAAGUGGUUUUGAUGAGAAGACAAAAACAGAUAAACUAUGGAAAAAAUACAAUUGCGUACGAUAGAUACAUUAAAGAAGUUCCUAGAUGCCAUCGUAUACCAGGAGUUCACCCCAGAACUCCAAAUAAAUUUAAGAAGUACAGCCGUAGGUCAUGGGACCAACAAAUAAAACUAUGGAAAGUUGCACUGCAUUCCUGGGAUCCACCUACUGAAGAAGGAUGUGAUCUGCAAGAAAUUAGUCCUGUUGACCUUGGUGAGAUGGAGACAGAAUCCGUAGGAAGCCAUUCUACAGAGUCUCAAACGAGCUGUCAAGAUAAUGAUGAUACCUGUUCUGGCACUCCCACCAAAGUUAGACACAUUGACUAUCAAGCAGAAGGUGAAUUUGACUUGGAAGCAUGUUUGAGUGAGCCACUUAAAGAUUUCAAUACUGUGAGUUAAACAGUCUUAUGCAAAUUGGUUUAGGGGAAAUUUCUUUUAAUUUUGAGAGGUUAGCUUGAUUCAUAAACUGGGUGUUUUCUACCUGAUAAUAGUAAGAAAGUUUAAGCAAAGUUAAAGACUGUUCUCUAAGUCAAGGUUGGUCUACAUACUCUCUGGACCAAACUUAUGUAAAAAUAGAAUUAAAUUGUGUGACUUCUUUUUAACUUAUGUCAGAUUUUUUUUAUAAAACCUUUCAAUAGAAAAAAAUAGCCCAAGGCAGUGCUAUUCUCAAGUGAUUAUAAACAGUUCAGCAAGACCUUACAAUUUAUUUUGUUUGCACCAUUGCAUCCCUUAUUUCAGUUGUCCACCUGCAGAUCAAGAGCAAAAUACGGAAAUGUUUUUCAGCGUCUGUAUGUCAUUUUGCUUUUCCAUCUGUCUCUACAAAGAUCCGUCUGGAAGUAAUGCAGGCGGUAGCUGAAGCAUACUGCUGAUUAGUACUAGCACACUUGUCUGUUGCAGUCACUAAAGUUUAAACUGCCUUACCUUUUAAAAAUGAAAAAAAAAAAGAUAAUUUUUAUUUGCAAAAAUGUUUCUGAAACAAUUGGAGAAGAAUUACUCAAGAAAUUAGUUGAUAUUGUAAAGACUAGGUAGCAGUAAUAUUGUUUUAAGAAGCAGUAGCAUGAAUUUGAGAAUUGUAAAUAUUAAUGAGUUGUUUGUUAAUACAGUCAAAACAAAAUGUUUAGGGAAAAUAAUUGAUGCUUUUUAAUUUGCCAAUUUUAAAUGUAAAACUUGUAAAUGAUAACACUGUACAGACUUUCUGCUGAAAGCAGUUAAUGUUUCUAUUGCUUUUGUAUGGGACGUUGCUGGAAAAUAAAUGGAUGUGCAUUUCUUUA